GGUAUUCGCGGUCUUGAUGGUCCGCAAAUUUAUCCCGGACUGUAUGCCGUAGUUGGAGCUGCUGCGUACACUGGAGCUGUCACUCAUUCUCUCUCAAUUGCAGUAAUAGUAUGUGAAACUACUGGACAGUUGUGUGCUCUCCUUCCCGUCUUGAUUGCGCUUAUGAUUGGCAACGCCAUCUGCAGCUUCCUGCAACCGUCCAUUUACGAAAGCAUUAUCAACAUACAGGGUUAUCCAUACCUUACUGAUCUCCCGCCGAGUAGAAUUAGUGUGCAUACGAUGAAAGUAGAGAAAGUCAUGGUGAAGGACAUUGUGUUUAUCACUCGUGAUACUACAUACAUGGAAUUGCGAGAAAUUCUUCUCGAGACGCCCAACCUCAGGUCAUAUCCGUUCGUUACGGAUAAAGCAUCGAUGACGCUACUCGGAAGUGUUGCUCGAAAAUAUCUCUGCUAUCUACUUACAAAACAUUUGGGUGCUGAACCAGGUAUUCAGCAGCAAAAACGUAAAAGUCGCACCGCGUCCGAGCUUCUCAACACCAUCGGACAGUUCAGAAGAGGUUCCAACAUAAAUUUCAAUGCAGUCGGUGGGACGUCUUCCCACAAUUUCCUUACUGAUCGCAAUAUAAGUGGUAACACCCUUCUUGCUCAUUCGCCACUGCAUGACAAUCAAGGAGAACGAGGUCCUCUUGCUCCACUUCUGUACAGUCAGAAUUACGCUCAAGAAGCGCCUGUGGUGAGUCUUAAUUUUGCGUUGUUCAUUAUUCUUUUCCAGCACUCAUUGGCGAAACGAGCUGAAAUUCUCGCUUCAAAAAUUGACUUAGAUGAUGUCGCCAUUGAUCCUGCUCCAUUCCAACUAGUAAAAGGAACAUCGCUUUAUAAAGUUCAUACUCUGUUUUCCCUGCUUGCGCUGAAUCACGCCUAUGUUACGGAAAAGGGACGACUUGUUGGAGUGGUAGCAUUGAAAGAGGUCAGCUACGGUUUUUUU